GCGAAGCAGUUGGUGUUCGGUUCGUUGGUCUCGGUCUCAAUUUUUCAUAAAAAAAAAAAUAAUAAUUCAGCAUUAGCAACAAAUAUAAUGAAGAAAUAAUGGAGGGAAAAAUGUGAGCUACAAGUUCUCUACCAUAGGCAGACUAACGAUUAUUCACGCCAAGAACUGUAAUCUUUGGAAGAUCGUCAGUGAUUGGUCGGUUGAAGGGGAUGAAAGCACUGAAAUCCCUAGAUGACGACUAGAUGAAAAACCCAACCCACCAGACAACUCCAAACCUGUCAAAAUCCUCGAGACUUAACCUUUGACCGUGAAUUAACCCCGAUCAAUUAUUUUUAUGCGUUUUAUCCUGAUCAUCCUGAGUAUACCGACACCAAUGAAGAUGUGGACACCUGAUAGGACAAUAGUGUUGCUGCUGUUGGUGGGUUUGAUGGGAUUUUUCAGAGGAAUUGAUGGAGCAUCAGCACACAUUCACACACACCAGCACAACAAAGCUGGUGGUAACGAGAGGACACAGGAUGGGGCAUUCAGUCCAAGAGACAGUGAUCACUACGUCGAUGGUGAGCAUCACGAGGAAUUUGAUCAUGAAGCGAUUCUUGGAAGUGUCAGAGAAGCUGAGGAGUUUCACCAUCUGCCCAUUGACGAGUCCAAAAGACGACUGAAGAUUCUUCUGGACAAAAUGGAUCUGAAUAAAGAUGGAUUCAUCGAGAGGAACGAGUUAAAGGCCUGGAUUCUCAGGUCAUUCAGUAUGUUAUCAGCUGAGGAGUCGAAAGAUCGUCUGGAAGAUGCUGAUACCAACGACGAUGGGAAGAUAAGUUGGGAAGAGAUCCUCCAUGACACGUAUGGGUCAGAUCCAGAGGAUCUGGCUAUCGAUGAGAAGCUCGUUAGUGAUGACAAGGCGACUUUCGAGGCUGCAGACCUGGACAAGGAUGGAUUACUCGAUUCUGAGGAGUUCAAGGCUUAUACGCACCCUGAGGAGACACCCAGGAUGUUUCCUCUUCUGCUGGAGCAGUCACUCACUGAGAAAGACAGUGACAACGAUGGAUUCAUCAGUUUUCAGGAGUUCCUGGGGUCCAGGGCGAGGAAUGAGGACAAGGAAUGGCUUCUCGUUGAGAAGGAGAAGUUCGAUCAUGAGCAUGAUAAAAAUGGAGAUGGCAAACUCGAUUCUGGGGAGAUAUUGGCCUGGCUAGUCCCUAGCAAUGAGGAUUUGGCUACGGAUGAAGUGGAUCAUCUGUUCGCAGCCUCUGAUGAUGAUCAUGACAAUCGCUUGUCUUACGACGAAAUCCUGGAGCAUCACGACGUAUUCGUGGGAAGUGAAGCGACAGAUUAUGGAGAUUAUCUUCAAGACAUCGAGCGUUUCACUGACGAGCUUUGAAAUUUAUUUAGAAAAUGGUUGAUUCAAAAAUUCACGAGUCGUCGACGUGUCAAUCGCAAUCGCAAAUGCCUCAAGGCUUUCCUCAUCUUCUUCGACGGCUGUCUCCUCUCCUUCAUUUAUAAUAUUGUCUUAUUUCUUUACGUGUGUAGGUAAAAGUCUUUUUUUUUUAUCCACUCGGUUUAAAUUGCACAAAUUCAUGAACAAAAACAAUUGUCACAAAUUGUUAAUAAUUAUUUUAUUGGUAUGAGAAUUUAGGGGUUAGGCACUCGUCAAUUUGCACUGUCUUCCAGUCGAUGAUUUAGUCGUCUCGUGAAAAAUAAGGGAAGGGCAAUUAUUUUUCAACGUUUUUUCAUUGUUUAAUCAUUUUUCGUUAAUUAGUGCCCCAGAAGAGAGUGUAAUUAUUAAUUAUGUGCCAUCGUUGUUUUAUUACUUAACGAAUUCAUCGAGAAUCGAGAGAAUUUUGUGGAAUCGUCGAAUGAGACUUAUCACUCUCAUAAGUUAAUUAUUUAUUUAAUUAAGAGUGUUUAAUAAUUACUGGUGUAAUUUGUAUAACUUAUGGUGUAUGAAACAGUCACUUCAUAGAAUGUAAAUCUUUUGGACUGAAUAAUAAUUUCACGUGAUAAGAA